UUACCUGUCAGCGGACGUGUUUUCCCAGCCAGAAAGGAACUGACAACGGUUCGCGCUUGUAUGUGUGAGAGCGCGUGAGUGUGAGUGUAAAUGUGAAUGUGAGUGUCUCUGCUGAAGAGUUUUUGCUUGUGCGUUGUGUUUGUGUUUGUGUAUUCAAUUAAUUACAAAAGCAAAAAAGAAGCAGCGCAGCACCAAUGUGAAUUUAAUGAGAGAGCUCAGCGAAAGAAUGCAAAAUAAAUAAAUACAUAGCUGCGUGAUAAAGCAAAAGUGAAUACGAGUUACUAAAGUGCAACGAAAACAGCAGAAGAAGCAGCAACAACAACUCCAGCAACAACAACGGAAUCCACAGCAGCGCAAGGUGCAGACAAGAUUGGCUGAAGCUCUAACGUCAUGGUAUGAAGGAGCCGGCGAACACUUUGGAUGAAAUUGUGCCCAGCAGGCUGACGUCAGCCGAACUGAGGGCGAUGGCACUGCGACAGCAGCAGCAAAUCGACAGCCAGCACCAGCUGCUGGCCACAAAGGAGCAACGGUUGCGCUUCCUCAAAUCGCAGGAGGUGCGCAGUGCGGUGGCCAGCGCCGAGGGCGAGCGUCUGCGUCGGCUGCGGGAGCGUGUCGAAGCGCAGGAGUCCAAGCUGCGACGUCUACGCGCGCUGCGGGGUCAAGUGGAUCUGCAGAAGACCUACAAUGUAACACUGAGCAAUGACUUGGACUCGAUUCGUGCGCUGUUUAGCGAAAAGGAGAAAGAGCUCAGUCUGGCGGUGGCCAAGGUGGAGGCGCUAACGCGGCAGCUGGAGGAGCUGCGACGCGACCGCCGUUGUCCGGUCAAUUUGCUGGCCACAAAUGGCAACGGUGCAACACAAGCGUUGCCGCCGCAAGCGUCGCGGGAACUCGAGAAACUGCGACGUGAAUUGAUGUAUCGCAAUCAGUUGUCCUUGCAGCAGGAUGCGAGGUUGCACAUGCAACGCGAGGCGCUGCAGCAGCGGCAAGCGGAACUGCGCUCGGUGGAUCAACGCAUCUACGAGCUGCAGACGCGUUUGCAACGCAAGAAGCAGGCAAAUACGCAUCAUCAGCAACAGCAGCAGCAGCAACAACAACAACAGCAGCAACAGCAGCAGCAGGCGCAGCAACAACAGCAAUUGCAGCAACAGCAACAGCUGCAUGUGCAAUCCGCGCAAUUGCUGGCGGCAACAGCAGCAGCAGCUCAGCAGCAGCAACAACAGCAGCAGCAACAACAGCAGCAGCAACAGCAACGACAGACUGCCUCGAAGCAUGGGGGCGUGGCAGCACUUAAGCAACAACUGCUGCAGAAGCAAGUGAAUCAAUUGGCCGCAGCAGCAGCCGCUGCAGCCGCAGGACGUGCCGCAGAGCGAGCGAUUCAACGCGGCAGCGUCAAUGUGGCAGCCGUUGAGCCUUUCAUACACACGCCGCAAAAGUCGACGAUAACAACGACAGCCAGCUAUCUGAGUGCGGGUGGCAACUUGCUGAAGCAUGCAGCAGCCACGGCGAAUACGAAUCAGCAGAAUCAACUGAUACAGGAUCUGAGCCGGGCGCCUGGCUUCUUUCCAGCCAGUAGCAGCAGCAGCAAUGUGACAACGACAACAACCACAACGAACAGCAACAGCAGCGAGAGUGAUGAAUCAAAGCUGGCCAAGAAGUUGCUUACGGCAACGAGUGGCAGCAACAACAGCAAGGCAAAGACGGAGGCAGAGCUGCGCAAGCAAGCUCAGAACGAGGCCAUGGACAGCACCACGCACAUCUACGCUGAGGUGGGACCCAAGAAGCGGGAUCGAGAAGCAGCAGCAGCGGCAGCCGCAGCGGCGGCAGCAGCAGCCGCAGAGGCAAACGCAGUGGCAGCAGCAGCAGUAACAACAACAGCAACUCCCUCGACAAAUGUUGUUACUUCGCCGGUCAGCAAGAUACCCAAGAGCAUCUCAACGAGCAGCUCCGCCUCCGCUUUGAUCAACAAACUGAAUCAGCAAGCGGCCAACAAGGACGCGCAAGAUCAAGCCAAGAAGAACGAGAUUGCGGUCACAAGCGAAACGCUCUCGGAGCGUAACACGCAACAGCAACUCACGGUGCACAGCAUGCCACUUGGCGCCGUCAGCAAAUCGGUGGCAAUGGCGCCAUCUGGCUCCGCCACCAAACCGUUGCAAGUGCAGGUUGGCAAUCUCGCAGUGCCGCCACGCAAACCCAUCAGCAGCGUGGCACCCACUUCAAUGAGCAGCAACAGCAACAACAACAACACCAGCAGCAACAGUAGCGGCAGCGCCAUACCCAAGAUGAUCACUUACAGUCCCAAGGUAAAUCGUGUGGCGCCCAACGUCGUAUUGCCAGCCGAAGCUCGUCCUGCGCUGCCCCCGAAACCCAGCAAAAUGUCGCCCACAGAGCAGCCCAGCGAUGCAGCAGCAGGUACAACAGCAACCACAGCAGCAGCACCCUCAGCAACUGCAACCACAGCAGCGACCACAAGUGGCAAGUCGCUGGGGCAGCCACAAGUGCAAACCUUCGGACUGCAGUCGCUGAACAUUAAUGACAAUUUGCCCAUCAAGGCAAAGCCGCUCACCAUACGCAAGCAGCCGCUGUUCGAGCAACCGCCACGACUCAAGGCCACGCCCAUUGGCACAGCAGGCGUGGCAAAGCCGGCGAGUCAACAGCUGUUGUUGCAACGCAAGCCAGCAGAAGCACAGCUGAAGGAGCCGCUCCGACAGCUGGCGCAAGAGGCAAGCCGUGUGGCAGCAAGCGGCGCAAAUGUGGUAGAGUCGCCACAGCAUUCGCCCAACAGCAACUCGCAGAGCAGCUCCAGCGUCGAUGAAACGGAUCGCAUGAACUUGGCCACAACUCAAACGGAGAACAAUAAUAACAAUAAUAAUAAUGGUGGCAGCAACAUUAAAGAUCGCGCUGUCAGCAAACCGAAGUUGGCGCGUCGUGUGAGCUUUGAUCCUUUGGCCUUGCUGCUGGAUGCAAGUCUGGAGGGUGAACUGGAGCUGGUGAAGAAGACGGCCAUGCAGGUGGCCAAUCCAAGUGCGGCCAACGACGAAGGCAUCACGGCGCUGCACAAUGCCAUCUGUGCGGGCCACUUUGACAUAGUCAAAUUUCUGGUGCAGUUUGGCUGCGAUGUGAAUGCACAGGAUUCGGAUGGAUGGACGCCGUUGCAUUGCGCCGCCAGUUGCAACAAUUUGUCCAUGGUCAAGUUUCUGGUGGAGAGCGGCGCCUGUUUGUUUGCCUCCACGCUCUCCGAUCACGAGACGCCAGCGGAAAAGUGCGAAGAAGACGAAGAAGGCUUCGAUGGCUGCUCCGAGUAUCUGUACAGCAUUCAAGAGAAGCUGGGGAUUUUGCACAAUGGCGAUGUCUAUGCCGUCUUUUCGUAUGAGGCACAAAACAGCGAUGAGCUGAGUUUUCAUGUCAACGAGCCGUUGAUCGUGUUGCGCAAAGGCGACGAUGCCGAAAAUGAAUGGUGGUGGGCACGUAAUGCCACCGGCGAAGAGGGCUACGUGCCACGCAAUCUGCUUGGGCUAUAUCCACGAGUGCCGCCGCAGUCGCCGCAUUUCAGCGAUUAGCAGUUAAUACGCUUCACCAUACUCAAGAGAAAGGCUGGCCGACUCAUCCAGAAGCGCUACAUAUCCAAGUACAUCUGAUGGGCUGAUGGGCAGGAGCACAGAUGGAUGCCGAUGCCAAGCACGUGCACGUGCAAGGCAGCUUGCUGCAGCAUUCCCUGGCCAACAGAGCGUAUUAGUUAUGAGCUGGAAUUAUUUAUCAUAGCUCAUGUUUUUCUUUCCUGUUUACUUUUUGUUCGAAAAAGCCACAUGAAGGAAACCAGGCGCACCCUCACACACAUAUAACUACACACCCUCUACACACACCCACACACACACACACACACACAUUGCCAUAUGUCUUAGCGAUGCUCGUGUGUGCGUGUUGCCUUGCAACUAUCUGUGUAUGUGUUGGCCAUCAAAUGUGCAACAUUUGCUGGCUCCCGAGUCAGCUAUUUAUCACAACGCUGAAGCCAGAGAACAUAUCCAAGCCCAGCCACGGAGCUACAAUUAGCCACAGCUUCUCGGCACACACUGACGUCCUGCACACGUACAAUAAAUUGGAUUUCACUUAAGCCCCCCUAGAUUAAGGCCUAGACUAAUAACUUAAGCAAUAUAUGUACCUACCUACCCAAUCAUAUUUCCAAAACUCAUUCCUUCCUUCUGUCGCCGCCUCCUUGACAACAGCUCGCCACAAAUUGCUUUAACUUUGUGCAUAAACCGUAUAAAAUGAAAACUGCACAACUGCAGACUUGAAAAUGAAAUUAAAAUAUGAAAUAACAUUGGCAGCAUUUGAUAGUGGAGAAACGAGCUUGUUAAUUGCCAGCAUAUCAAGUUAAUUGCAAACAAGAAUUGCAAACUUGCAACACAAACAUAUUUUACACAGACAAAUCGAAUGUGAUUUUCGUAUGUAGACAAACGACAAAAUCGAAUUAAAUAUCCUUAUACUAAAAAUAUAUAUAUUAUAUAUUAAUAAUUAAAUAUAAUAAUAAUAAUAUUAAUACUAUUGCAUGAUGUACAGUACUUACGAAUAAAAACUGCUUCUUUAUCAACUUAAAACCCUUAAUAAAUA